AGCAGGACGGGGCCUUGGGGCUGAAGGAGGAGGAGCCGCCCCCCCCCGCGGCCAUCGGCGCCCCCCCGGAGCCGGCGGCCCCCCCCCCCGAGGAGGCUGACGGCGGCGGCAUGUCGGCCAUCAUCUACGAGAUCCCCAAGGAGCCCGAGCGACGCCGCCGCAGCAAGCGGGGCCGCGGGCCCGACGCCGACGGCCUCCUGGAGAUGUUCCACUGCCCCUACGAGGGCUGCGGCCAGGUCUACGUGGCCCUCAGCAGCUUCCAGAACCACGUCAACCUCGUGCACCGCAAGGGCAAGACCAAAGCGUGCCCCCACCCCGGCUGCGGCAAGAAGUUUUACCUCUCCAACCACCUCCGGCGCCACAUGAUCAUCCACUCGGGCGUCCGCGAGUUCACGUGCGAGACGUGCGGGAAGUCCUUCAAGCGCAAGAACCACCUCGAGGUGCACCGGCGGACCCACACCGGCGAGACCCCCCUCCAGUGCGAGGUGUGCGGGUACCGGUGCCGGCAGCGCGCCUCGCUCACGUGGCACAUGCAGAAGCACGGGGCGCCGGCCCGCUACCGCUUCCCCUGCGAGCGCUGCGGCAAGCGCUUCGAGCGCCUCGACAGCGUCAAGUUCCACGCGCUCAAGAGCCACCCCGAGCCCCGCGGCACCUGACCGGCCCCCCCGGGACCCCCCCGGCCCUACGGCACCCCCCCGGCACCCAUGGGACCCCCAGGACCCCCCCCCGCGGCGAGCGCUUCGAGCGCCUCGACAGCGUCAAGUUCCACGCCCUCAAGAGCCCCCCCGAGCCCCGCGGCACCUGACCGGCCCCCCCGGGACCCCCCCGGCCCUACGGGACCCCCCCGGCACCCAUGGGACCCCCAGGACCCGCCCCCCGCGGCGAGCGCUUCGAGCGCCUCGACAGCGUCAAGUUCCACGCCCUCAAGAGCCACCCCGAGCCCCGCGGCACCUGACCGGCCCCCCCGGGACCCCCCCGGCCCCACGGGACCCCCCCGGCACCCAUGGGACCCCCAGCACCCCCCCCCCGGCGGCAAGCGCUUCGAGCGCCUCGACAGCGUCAAGUUCCACGCCCUCAAGAGCCCCCCCGAGCCCCGCGGCACCUGACCGGCCCCCCCGGGACCCCCCGGCCCUACGGGACCCCCCCGGCACCCAUGGGACCCCCAGGACCCCCCCCCCGCGGCGAGCGCUUCGAGCGCCUCGACAGCAUCAAGUUCCACGCCCUCAAGAGCCACCCCGAGCCCCGCGGCACCUGACCGGCCCCCCGGGCCCCCCCCGGCCCCGCGGCACCCCCCCAGCACCCAUGGGACCCCCAGGACCCCCCCCCCCGCGGCGAGCGCUUCGAGCGCCUCGACAGCGUCAAGUUCCAUGCGCUCAAGAGCCACCCCGAGCCCCGCGGCACCUGACCGGCCCCCCCGGGCCCCCCCCGGCCCCACGGGACCCCCCCGGCACCCAUGGGACCCCCAGCACCCCCCCCAGCCCCACGGGAGCCCCCUGAGCCCCCCAGGGGCCCCCACAGCCAGUCCUGACUCCCAUGGGGGCCCCCCCGAGCCCCGCGGCACCUGACCGGCCCCCCCGGGCCCCCCGGCCCUACGGGACCCCCCCGGCACCCAUGGGACCCCCAGGACCCCCCCCCGCGGCAAGCGCUUCAAGCGCCUCGACAGCGUCAAGUUCCACGCGCUCAAGAGCCCCCCCGAGCCCCGCGGCACCUGACCGGCCCCCCCGGGCCCCCCCCGGCCCUACGGGACCCUCCCGGCACCCAUGGGACCCCCAGCACCCCCCCAGCCCCACGGGAGCCCCCUGAGCCCCCCGGGGGCCCCCACAGCCAGUCCUGACUCCCAUGGGGGCCCCCCCGAGCCCCGCGGCACCUGACCGGCCCCCCCGGGACCCCCCCGGCCCUACGGGACCCCCCCGGCACCCAUGGGACCCCCGGGACCCCCCCCCUGCGGCAAGCGCUUCGAGCGCCUCGACAGCGUCAAGUUCCACGCGCUCAAGAGCCACCCCGAGCCCCGCGGCACCUGACCGGCCCCCCCGGGACCCCCCCGGCCCUACGGGACCCCCCCGGCACCCAUGGGACCCCCAGCACCCCCCCCAGCCCCACGGGAGCCCCCUGAGCCCCCCGGGGGCCCCCACAGCCAGUCCUGACUCCCAUGGGGGCCCCACGACCCCCCCUGAGCCCCCCCCGGGCCCCCCCCCGGCCCCACAGCACCCCCCCGGCACCCAUGGGACCCCCAGCACCCCCCCCAGCCCCACGGGAGCCCCCUGAGCCCCCCAGGGGCCCCCACAGCCAGUCCUGACGCCCAUGGGGGCACCCCCGAGUCCCGUGGCACCUGACCGGCCCCCCCGGGCCCCCCCCCCGGCCCUACGGCACCCCCCCGGCACCCAUGGGACCCCCGGGACCCCCCCCAGCCCCACGGGAGCCCCCUGAGCCCCCCGGGGGCCCCCACAGCCAGUCCUGACUCCCAUGGGGGCCCCACGACCCCCCCUGAGCCCCCCCCGGGCCCCCCCCCGGCCCCACAGCACCCCCCCGGCACCCAUGGGACCCCCAGCACCCCCCCCAGCCCCACGGGAGCCCCCUGAGCCCCCCAGGGGCCCCCACAGCCAGUCCUGACGCCCAUGGGGGCACCCCCGAGUCCCGUGGCACCUGACCGGCCCCCCCGGGCCCCCCCCCCGGCCCUACGGCACCCCCCCGGCACCCAUGGGACCCCCGGGACCCCCCCCAGCCCCACGGGAGCCCCCUGAGCCCCCGGGGGCCCCCACAGCCAGUCCUGACUCCCAUGGGGGCCCCACGACCCCCCCUGAGCCCCCGCAGGGCCCCCCCCGGCCCCACAGCACCCAUGGGACCCCCAGGACCCCCCCCAGCCCCACGGGAGCCCCCUGAGCCCCCCGGGGGCCCCCACAGCCAGUCCUGAAUCCCAUGGGGGCCCCCUGCGUCCCGUGGCACCUGACCGGGACCCCCCCGGGGUCCCCCCCAGCACCACGGACCCCCAUGAGCCCCCCCGGGACCCCCCCCAGCCCCACGGGGGGCCCCACGGCACCCCCUGAGCCCCAUAGGGUCCCCCCCAGCCCCAUGGCACCCCCAGGGCCCCCCCCAGCCAGUCCUGACCCCCCCCCGGGGGGCCCCCCCAGCCCCACGGGGCCUCCAGGGCACCCCAAGGCCCCCAUGGGGCACCCUGCCCCCCCCAGCUGCCCCCCCCCACCCCAGGGGCGCUGCUGGGGCCCCCAGUCCCCCCCCCGAGCCCCCCCGGGGGCACCCGCAGCACCUGAGGGGCACCCAGCACCCGCCCCCCCCCCCCGGGCCCCCCAAUCUGCCCCACAGCACCCCAACCCCCCCCCCGGGGUGCCCCCCCCCCCCGGGGUCCCCCCACCCCCUUAUUUAUUUCCCACUCUCUGCCCCCCCCCCCGGGGGGUUGUCGGACCGCGGGGGGGCCCCAGCUCUGCCCUGGGGGGGGGGACGGACCCCAACCCCCCCCCGGGGCCCCCCCAACCCCCCCCGGCUCCAUUAAAGCGACACUACUUUUA